AUGGCUACUAAUUUUGACAAGGUUAUGGACUUGAGUCCUGCGAAAACUACGUGGAAAAUUAAGGUCAAGAUAAUUCAUCUAUGGAGACAAUACUCUGCAGGCGAUAUUGACAGUAUUGAGAUGGUGUUAAUUGAUUCAAAUGGAGUGAAGAUUCAUGCAUCUGUGAUGAAGGACUUGGUUACUAAAUUUGAUCCAUUUCUUUCGCAGGGUAGUUCUAAGAUAUUUAUCAACUUCUCAGUGGGACACUCAUAUAGUUCGUACCGAACUACUAAACACCCAUACAAGAUUUCAUUCCUUGAAACCACACAUGUAAGAAGUUGCGAGUCUCCUAUUGAGGUUUCCGGUUUUGAUCCUACCUACCGUGAUAUACUUGAUGGGUCACUCAAUUCAGACUACUUGGUUGAUGUCAUUGGGCAAAUUGUUGAAGUAUCCCCAAUUGAAGUUGUCACCGUCAAUGGGAAAGACACAAACAAGAUUUCCUUAGAACUAAGAAAUUCUAAUGACGAACGUCUACAGACGGUUUUGUGGGGUGUUUUUGCAACGGAUGUUAUGGAAGCUAUCCAAAUGCGUAGGAACCAUGCUAUAAUCUGUGUCAUCAGAUUUGGGAAGAUAAAUGUUUGGAAAGAUGAGCGCAGCAUAUCCAAUGCAUACAAUGUCUCUGAUGUCUCACUUAAUCCACCUAUGGUGGAAGUUGAUGAUUUUAUUGCAGUGUUACCGAAGGACGAAUUGGUUUUACCAAUUGUCGAUCCUAAACCAUUGUCUGUUGGCUGUGGUGUUUCUCAAAAGGAUGAUUUUUUUGUCCACACACCAAGGAAAACCAUAUCUCAAUUGUCUGACGCUAGAGAUGUUGAGAAGUGUAUUGUGAUGUGCACCAUUGCAGCCAUUGAUUCUGAUAUAGGAUGGUAUUAUUUAAGUUGCAAAGUGAGUGCAAAGAAGGUUUUGAAUGUGCCUAAUGACUUUGAUGAAGAUGGGAAUGACGAUGAUCCCAUAAUGUUCACAUACUAUUGUCCUAAAUGCAAAGUUUCGAAUCCCAAGCUUCUACCUAGGUACAAGCUGCAUUUGAUUGUUUUAGACAGUACUGGAAAUUCAAAAUUCCUCUUAUUCUACAAUCUUGCUAUUCAGCUACUUCAUCAGCCUUGCACUGAACUGGUUGGACCCAAUGCUGAUGAGAUUGAGGAACCGGCUGCUAUACCUCUUGCCCUUAACAAUUUGAUUGGAAAGACUUAUUUGUUCAAGGUUGGUAUUGAAGGAGAAAAUUAUCUCUAUAAGCAUGACACUUGCAUAAUCAGUAAGAUUAUCACCAACCAUGAUAUAAUUACUGAGUUCCAAACAAUCGUCUAUCCAAAGAAACCAAGUGUAACCUAUACGUGCGACAACUCCAUCCUCUCUGAUGCACCAGAGGGUUCCGUCAUGGUUUCUGAUGAGUCAUCUCAAGAAUGUGAACCAACUGAUCUCACUCCCGCAAAACGCAGAGGAACGCUCUUUGAUAACUUGGAGGCAGCAGUUGAUCAGAAUUCUUUAACAAGGUCUCCACGUAGUACUGGAAUCAAGAAGGAAAAGACCGAGGAAAGUGGCUAA